CGCUCAUUACACAACCGUCACCCAUUGAAGCAGCAGCCCAGCAGCACGGAACUGAUCUUUGCGUUUUAAAAAAAAAAAAAAAACUCAUUUAAGAAGGGGGAAAUAUGUCCUACACAAAGUUUGUUGCGUCUCUUGCUCGAGCGAAGUCGGGAAACAUAAACAAAAUCCGCAUUUCACCUUCAAGAUGUCGGUCAACUGUGGCAUCCCCGAAGAGUCAGGAAGAGAAAGAGCCGCAGCGGCAGUUAGAGGGCUGCGCUGUGGUGGAUGCUGCCCCAAUAGAACUCAUCAACCAGACCAAAAACGCCAAAGACGUGCGUCUGAACAGAAUUCACAUCGACUUCGACAACACCGAAGAGGCAUACAAAAGUAAGAAUAACAUCGAGCUGCUGCGAAGUCUGCUGGUCUUCAACCUGUGUAGAAUUGACAUCCUUGUUGAGAAGAAUAAGGAGCUGGUGGAACUCAGUAAGAAGCUGCUGGGUCAGCGGUUGUUUGAGAAGCUGAUGAAGAUGACCUUCUACGGUCAGUUUGUGGCAGGGGAAGACCAUAACGCUAUCAAACCUUUAAUCCACAAGAACCAGGCUUUUGGCGUGGGGGCAGUGCUGGACUACAGUGUGGAAGAAGAUCUGACACAAGAGGAGGCAGAGAAGAAAGAAAUGGAUUCCUGUGUUUCCGAGGCAGAGAAGGAAAGCCCAGGUGCAGGUCAUCGUGAGAAGAAGUACAAGGCCCACCGUCAAUUUGGGGACAGACGUGGAGGUGUCAUCAGCGCUCGCACCUACUUUUAUGCCGAUGAAGCCAAAUGUGACAAUCAAAUGGAGACAUUCAUAAACUGUAUUAAAGCAUCGGGUGGAGCUUCAAAUGAUGGAUUCUCUGCUAUUAAAAUGACUGCACUGGGACGACCACAGUUCCUUCUCCAGUUUUCAGAGGUCCUUGUCAAAUGGAGGAAGUUCUUUAACUUCCUCGCUGCACAGCAAGGAAAAUCUGACAUGACUGCUUUGGAGAAAAGACUGGAACUGGAGCAGCUGAAGGAAAGUUUGACUCAAAUGGGUGUAGCAGCCAGAGAUGACAUUGAGAACUGGUUCACUGGGGAGAAGCUGGGUUUGUCAGGAACAAUCGACUUGCUGGACUGGAACAGUCUGAUAAAUGAUACGACAAAAAUGUCCAAUCUGCUCAUGGUGCCAAAUCUUGAGACAGGCCAGCUGGAAUCUUUAUCAAACAAGUUUACAGCAGAGGAGGAGAGCCAGAUGAAGAGAAUGCUGCAGAGAGUCGACAUUCUAGCAAAGCAUGCUUUGGAGAAUGGAGUGAGGCUCAUGGUGGAUGCAGAGCAGACGUACUUCCAACCAGCUAUCAGUCGACUCACCCUGGAGAUGCAGAGGAAGUUCAACAGAGAAAAGCCAGUGAUUUUCAACACAUACCAGUGUUAUCUUAAGGAAGCCUACGACAAUGUGACUCUGGAUGUAGAGCUGUCCCGACGAGAGGGUUGGUACUUUGGCGCCAAACUUGUUCGUGGAGCUUAUAUGUACCAAGAGAGAGCCAGAGCCCAGGAGAUUGGCUACGAAGACCCAAUAAACCCCGACUACGAAGCCACAAACAGGAUGUACCACAAGUGUUUGGAGUAUGUCCUGGAGGAGAUUGAACACAACAGAAAAGCAAAUGUCAUGGUUGCUACUCACAAUGAGGACACCGUGAAGUUCACUCUUGAAAAGAUGAAUGAAAUGGGUCUGUCACCCACGGAGAAUAAAGUUUACUUUGGACAGCUGCUCGGCAUGUGUGACCAGAUCAGCUUCCCGCUAGGUCAAGCAGGUUUCCCAGUGUACAAGUACGUCCCAUACGGCCCUGUCAAUGAGGUGAUCCCUUAUCUGUCCCGUCGUGCUCAAGAGAACCGGGGCUUCAUGAAAGGAUCCCAGAGGGAGCGCAGCCUGCUGUGGAACGAGCUGACGCGCAGGUUUCUGGGUGGUCAGAUUUUCUACAAGCCUGCCUACUGAAAAGCAUAAAGACUGAAAUAUCUGUAAGCAUUCCACUAGCAAACACAGUUUUCUCUGUGAGCUUUGUCUUGGAAGGCUAAUCUUUAGUUGCACUGGACAGAAGAAAAAUAUAUCCAUCCAUUUUCAUACACCCUUGUGUAGGGGUCCGGAGGGGGGCUGGUGCCUAUCUCCAGCUAACGUUCCAGGCGAGAGGCGGGGUUCACCCUGGACAGGUUGCCAGUCUGUCGUAGGG